GCACAGUGGUGGGCGCUCCCGUCCCGGCUUGUAACGCAGCCUUCCCCGCCCCUCCAGUCCCCGCAGCCAUGUUCAGUUGGGUGAGCAAGGACGCGCGGCGGCGGAAGGAGCCAGAGCUGUUCCGCACGGUCUCGGAGGGGCUGAAGCAGCUCUACGCCACCAAGCUGCUGCCCCUGGAGGAGUAUUACCGCUUCCACGACUUCCACUCCCCGGCGCUGGAGCCGGCCGACUGGGAGAACAAGCCCAUGGUGCUGCUGGUGGGGCAGUACAGCACCGGCAAGACCACCUUCAUCCGGCACCUCAUCGAGCAGGACUUCCCGGGCAUGCGCAUCGGGCCCGAGCCCACCACCGACUCCUUCAUCGCCGUCAUGGGCGGCGAGACCGAGGGCGUCGUCCCUGGCAACGCCCUGGUGGUCGACCCGCGGCGGCCCUUCCGCAAGCUCAACUCCUUCGGCAACGCUUUUCUCAACAGGUUCAUGUGUGCCCAACUACCCAACCCUGUCUUGGAUAGCAUCAGUAUCAUUGACACACCUGGUAUCCUCUCAGGAGAGAAGCAGCGCAUAAGCAGAGGCUAUGACUUUGCUGCAGUACUGGAGUGGUUUGCAGAGCGUGUGGACCGUAUUAUCCUCCUCUUCGAUGCUCACAAGCUGGACAUCUCAGAUGAGUUUUCAGAGGUGAUCAAGGCCCUGAAGAACCAUGAGGACAAGAUUCGGGUGGUGCUGAACAAAGCUGACCAGAUUGAAACACAACAGCUGAUGCGGGUCUAUGGUGCCCUCAUGUGGUCACUGGGGAAGAUCAUAAACACCCCAGAGGUGGUACGGGUCUACAUUGGCUCCUUCUGGUCCCAGCCACUCCUCAUCCCUGAUAACAGGAAGCUCUUUGAAGCAGAAGAGCAGGAUCUCUUCAAAGAUAUCCAGUCCCUGCCCAGGAAUGCUGCACUCCGCAAGCUCAAUGACCUCAUCAAGAGAGCCAGGCUAGCUAAGGUCCAUGCCUACAUAAUCUCUUCUCUGAAGAAGGAGAUGCCCAAUGUCUUUGGGAAGGAGAGCAGAAAGAAGGAGCUGGUGAACAACCUGGGCGAGAUCUACUUGAAGAUUGAGCGGGAGCAUCAGAUUUCACCUGGGGACUUCCCCAAUCUGCGCAAGAUGCAGGAGCUCCUGCAGAGCCAAGACUUCAGCAAGUUCCAGCUCCUGAAGCCCAAGCUGCUGGACGCAGUUGAUGACAUGCUGGCCAAUGACAUUGCCCGGCUCAUGGUGAUGGUGCGGCAGGAAGAAUCUCAGAUGCCCACCCAGGCAGUGAAGGGCGGGGCCUUUGAGGGCACUAUGAAUGGGCCCUUUGGCCAUGGCUAUGGGGAGGGGGCUGGCGAGGGCAUUGAUGACAUUGAGUGGGUGGUAGGAAAGGACAAGCCCAGCUAUGAUGAGAUCUUCUACACCCUCUCACCUGUCAAUGGUAAGAUCACAGGGGCCAAUGCCAAGAAGGAGAUGGUGAAAUCCAAGUUGCCCAACACCGUCCUGGGCAAGAUCUGGAAACUGGCUGAUGUGGACAAAGAUGGAUUCUUGGAUGAUGAGGAGUUUGCCCUGGCCAACCACUUGAUCAAGGUGAAGCUAGAAGGGCAUGAGCUGCCUGCAGAACUGCCCCCCCAUCUUGUGCCCCCCUCCAAACGCAGACAUGAAUGAUUCCCCAGGGUCCUUUAAAUGGGGGAUGGGGGAAAUGGGCAGCCAGAUGCCUGGAUUUCAACCUCUAACUCUGCUAAAGAUCCACAACCCCUGAGAGCUGGUGGACAAUUUGAAUUUUACUUCAAAGGGCACUGAACUUGCACCUUCCUUCCAAAUGCCCCAUCUAAGCGAGUGAUAAGACCUGAAUGAAACCCUCAUACAUGUCGUAUUGUGCACAAGAAUGCUAUUUUAAUAUAUUCAAGGCAACA